AUGUCGACCAAGGCCCAAGAUGCCGCAACACCUCCAGGCGCCAUCCGCGACCCGCCCUCGUUGCAGAUUCCCUCUUCUUCCCACGAAUCCGGCCCAUAUCAUACCCCAGACGAUCUUUCGCCACUGGAUGCCGACUUCACAGCCUCAGAUUACUUCAUGGCUGAGGACGACGCGCGGGGCGCUGACCCCCCGAAUGCGAGCUCUCACGACUCACUGACACAAGAAAAUAAUCAGAACAAUAACAACAACACGGCUGGCACGCAAGACUUGACCGCAUCUUCUGCAGAGCCACCUACAGCUCCGACGAUUGACGAGGCAAUUGAGAUCUCUCCUGCUGAAGAACCCGAACCCGAAGCGACAGCGGCGCAAGCGCAAAAUGAAAGUUUCCACAACGAUGAACCCGCCCGUGCGACUGAUCAACAAUUGCCACAGGAGGACGACACUGAGUUCCUACCUUCAUUGGCCGACCGUGACGAUAACAGUCUGUUUCAUUCGAGCGAGAUCGGGGAACAUGAGCGCGAGCGCGUCAAUAACCAAACCUUGAUCGAGGAGCACGAAAUGCGCCGAAAACUGAUGGACAUGGAGUCGAGCUUCCUACCGGAGCCCUCGACGAUCAAUGUCGCGGCCAAUGCACGAAGCGCCGGCGCAGACGAUACUUAUUUGGUGGGAAUGGGAGGCUACGACGCGGAUAUGACCCAAUCAUCUGCCUUUUCAUUCAUCCCUCCAUCGGAGAGCUACCAGGAAACAGAACACGACCAUGACCAUGACGGGUUCGAGGACCGAACAGACCAGAUCGGCGAUACAAACCAGGCUCAGAGCUCGGCUCAUGACAACACUUUCGACUCAUUGGCAUCUUCGCCCUCGGCAGCGGCUAUGUUGCGGAGCUUACAGCGUGACCAGCAGUCGCAAAUCCCAGCGGAGAAUAGCCUGCUCACCCCAGACGAGCAAACAUUCCAGUCGCAAUUCUCGCCUCUCGAGGGCGAAUCACAACUGACCCCCUCAAAGCUACGCAACUCGUCACGAAGUCUGUCCCCGGGCAAUUCGAGAAUAUUCAGUGAUAAGAGUGCCAGCGUUCAGGAAAGUCGAAGAAGUGGCAGCCGUCCUAAAUACUUGACCAGCCGUCAAUCAUCACAGCGACUUUCCCGCUCUUCAAUCGCCAGUGUGACCACCGAUAACAGUCAAAGUGACGCGACGCUGGGUGCUGAUUUCGCGCUCCAAACGGGCGGCGCGGUGUCAGAGCAAUGGAGUGGCCCUAAUACUGGGCCACGCGGGAACAUGUUGCGAACGACCAGCCUCGGGAGCAUGGCCUCUGGUAUCUCUGGCUUCAGUGAGGAAAAUCUCCUUGAGCGCCGUACAAUCGGGGGUCCCGGUGAUGGGGGCUUGCAGACUCUGGAGGAAGAGGGCUCACCACGAUCGUCUCGGCAUACAGCAGCUUUGGAUGACACGAAUGCGCCGACUACCCCGAGGGCAAGACCCCAAGAUAGCAUCCCCACCGACACAGUGAUCGCAGAACGUGUAAAAGGAAUCCAGGUUCCUACAUCUUUCGCUCAACGAUUCCGAGAUGACUUUGGUCACUCGGGUCCCGCGACGGAGAAACGACCGGGGGCCUCAACGUCUGCUUUUGGCCGCAGCGGUCGUACUAUGACGCUCAAGGAGCAGAGCAGCACAAUUGACCGACUGUCGAAGGAAAAUUUUGAUUUGAAGAUGCGCAUUCAUUUUCUGAACGAGGCCUUGAACAAGCGAUCUGAAGAGGGUAUCAAGGAGAUGAUCUCUGAGAAUGUCGAGCUCAAGUCGGAUAAGCUGAAAUUACAAAAAGACAACCAAGGCUUGAAGCGCAAGGUUCGCGAUCUGGAGAAGCAGCUCAAGGAUCAACAAUCCGACAAGGCUUCCAUGGUCAACCACGACCCAGAGGUAUCCGAAGAUGACCGUGAAUCUGCGCAGGAUGAAGAACUCGUUUUCUUGCGUGAGCGAGUUGAGAGCUAUGAGCUUGAGAUUGAGCGGAUGCGGUCCGAAAACAUUGCUCGGGAAAGCGAGAAAAGGCGCCUCGCUGAGAUGGUCAAGUCUUUGAGUGAGGCUCGAAGUGGUGGCUCCGAUGCUGGGGCCCGAGAAGAAAGAGACAUGUGGAAGGACAUGCUGGAGGCCGAGAGCGCUGCUCGUGAACAAGCGGAAGAAGAGAAUCGCAUGUUGAGAGAGGAGUCGAUGCGCCUCAAGAGUGAACUAUACACAACGGCUACCUCCCUCAAGCCGAUGCAGCGAGAACGCGGUGGAUCUAACGUCUCGUACAAUUCAUUUUCUGAGCGAGAUGGCCACCGUGGGGCUUUGAUGAGUGCUUCGAGCAGCACCCUGCUUGUUGAGCUCGAACUGCUCAAGCAGGAGAAUGCCGAAUUGAGGAAGGAAGUCAGCGCGCAAACCUCAAUGCUCACUUCGCGGAACCGAGAAAAGGAGCGCCUGUACCAAGAGAUCGAAGAGCUCAAGCUAGGCCAGCGGCGCGAUGGCAGCCGCUCUGUGGCAGGAGAUAGCAUUUUUGACCGCUCGGCUUCUCGUGCGCAGGUGCGCACCGGAUCGGAAGUGAGUGAUGGUGCUGGUUCGCGGGACAUGAUGGAUCGCGAAGAGCUGGAAGCUCGCAACGGCCAACUUCGUGAUCAGGUCUCGACUCUCAAGUUGGAGAACCAGACCCUCCGCGAACAGCUGGAUGAGUAUGUUCGAGACUACGAGGCGCUCGACAAGGCCUAUCAGGCAGAUGUUGAUCAAGCGGAGGAAGAUAUCAUCAAUUUGCAAAAUGAGCGCGACCAGGCCAUGCAAAUGGCGGAUGAGCGCGAUGCGGCAUUCCAGGAUCUACGUGCAGAAGCUCAAGAGGAGCUUGAUGCACUUGGCGAGGAGCUUGACCAGAAGAUUAUGGAAUGCCAACGCUUGAGUGAGGAUUUGCAGAAUCAAGAUGAAAGUUUGAAGGUCCUGCAGGCUGAGAUGCGCUCAGCCAGUGAGGGGAUUAUUCGACUGGAAGAGGAUGCGCAGAACAAUCUGGAGCGGUAUAAAGCUGUGCAUCAGGAGCUGGAAGAUGCCAAUCAUGAGAUGGAAUCGUUGGAGAAGAGUCUAUUCGAAGCCAACUCCAAGGUACAGAGACUGACGGUGCAAAUCGAGUCGAGCCAGAAUGAGAUCGCUUUCCUGCGCGAGGAGCAGGAUGGAGACAAAAUCCGCAUUGGUGAUCUUGAAUCAGAACUCAAGACGUACCAAAUGAGUCUCCAUAGCGAGAAGGAGAAGACCCGAGAAUUGGAGCAGCGGUUGGCAGAUGAGCGUCACCAGCGCGAGGUUGUUGGAAGUAAAGAGAAGCAGGAGGUUCAACGGAUGAUGAACGAACUGAAUCGAGAAGCCUCGACUGCCAAGGAAGAGGCCCGGCGGUUGAGGAAGAGCCUUUCGGCCCAGGAGAUCGAGACCAAUACCUGGCGGGAUCGUCUUCUGGAUCUGGAGAACAAUCUGCGGGAAACAUUGGGAGACUUGAGUGGCAGCCGAUCCAGCCUGAUCAGCAAUAUUACCAAGCUGCAGAAGGAACUGGAAUCGACUGCGCUGGAACUGGAAAGCGUGCGACAACGCCUGGACGAGAAGGAGUCCCUGCUCCGCAAUCGCGAUGCUCUUCUGGAGAGCACGGGGUUGGAAUCACGCAAGCUCUCUGAAUUGCUCGAGCGCGAGCGACAGGCGCGUCGUGCCGACAAGCAGUCCUUUGAGCAGUCCCUCAAGAGCCACCAACAGGCAUCGCGCACCAUUACCCAGAGUAACUCGCGCAUCACGGAACUGGAGAAUGCUCGGAACGCGGAUCGAAAGCGCUUUACCUCGCUUGAGCAGCAGUUCCGCGAACAACUCAGCGAACGCAAUGCGUUGUUCCUCACGAUUUGGAAGCGACUGUCGGGGAUUUGUGGCCCCGAUUGGGCCCACUCCAACAGCCUCAUUAAUGGUAACUUGCCUAGUCAGGAAGUCAUUGGGAACAUUCUCUUUUGGCCGGGCUUUAGUCGCAACCUGAUUCUGGCUGUCAAGGCCCUGGAGGGGGUCAUUUCUGGGUUCCGGUAUCGCAUCAGAAGCCUUGAUCAUGACCUGACCAAGCAAUAUCAGAACCUGGAGAAUUCUUUUGCUCAGCGCAUCCGUCGACUCGAGCGGGUGGAGGAAGCUGUUAAGAACCUACGCAAUGGGCGGGGAUAUUCCGGCUCUUCGUCCGAGGUGGCCAAGCUCCGGGGUGAAAAUCGCCUCUUGAAGGCCGAGAUCAACCUUCUGCAGUCCAACCAUCGUGCUCAUGGGUCCGCAUCUGCCACCAAUGCUGCCGCUGUCAUGGCCAGUGGACCACGUUCGCCGUCUCUCGCAUCCACUGCAGACCCCGAGCGUGCGUCUCUUACCCGCCACAACUCGACUCCGGUCGCUAGUGACAAGUCGGGCCCCGGUCGAGCUCUCCUGCGCAGCUCCACUGGCAUUCCUCAGCCAUCCCAGUUCUCAUCCAGUAGUACGCUGACGAACAACAACAACAACAACCGCAACGACAAUGCCGCUGGGGCGGUGGUUCCACGAUCACGGAGCGGAGUGGGCGGCUGGGAUGGGGGGGAUGAGAAAUGGGUCCAUCGGCUGCACGAGCUGGAGAAGCGACUGAAAGCCGAGCGAGAAGGUCGACUCCUCGACCGCAGCGGUGCCCGCAAGCGGCUGGAGGAACGCGAUGCCGAGAACCAACGCCUGCGCGAUCAAUUGCAACGGGAGCGCGUGCGACGAGGUCCAUCGGGAACUCACCCAGCUACGACCAACAGUAGCCGUGGUCGCAUCCCGACCUCGGACGACGGUCCCAGCUCCAGUGAAGGAGAAGGCAUCACGGUCGAUAUUGAGGUGUGA